AAGGGACAAGGCUUCACAAGAAACAGCACAUGCUUUCCUUUCAUUUCUGGAAGUCCCUGGGUCGACCUACAGAUGCUGCUCCUUCCGUGGCCGAUGGCAUUCAGACUCCUCGCCGCUGCCGACGGUGCCAGGCAAACAACUGGACAGAACAGCGCAGCUACGGGAAGCUGGCCACAAUCUCGGCCGGAGCAGCAGCCCCCGGGCCCCAGACCACCUCUGCCACCACUGCCCGGAGCCUUCCCCCCUCCCUCAGGCUUGUCCCGGCCCCGCCAGAGGGGCUGAAGAACUGGGAGGUGGUGGCAGCAGCCGCCGUGGUGCCUGUAGCCUUGAGCCCAGUCCAGGCACGUGGGGCCCUGCUUCGGGCCACUCUGCAGCCCCUCCAGGGCCAGCGAGGGACCCGGGCCAGCCCCAGCGGCACCGCUCACCACUGUCUCCUCCUGUCGCUGCAGCUUGGGCAAGGGCUCGAGAUGGAAGCCGCCACUCCUGAGCUGAGUCCGCAGGCCAGACUGAGGGAGGUGGGCGACCCGGGGAGCAAAGCUCAAGAUAGCCAGGAGCCGAAGCAGCAGCUGCCACUGCUGCCCAGGCCACCCGCCUCCUCCCAGCGAGAGGCAAAGUAUGUGGAGAUGUGUGCUUCUGCCGCAGCCUCAGGGGUGAGUCCCCACACCGGGAGACUCGCUCUGGAUCACCGCCCGGGCGAGCAGAGGACCCCUAGGAGUCCCAGGGAAGAAGCCCAAGAGGAACGAAGCAGUCAAGAGAGGAAGGCUCUGACCCCCCAGAAGAAUCCUGCUGCCUUGGAACUCUCCAGAUCCCAGCUCUCCGGCACCGAUGAGCACAGCAACCUCUCAUCUUCCUCCUCCUCCUCCCCAGUGGACAAAGCAGAAGAAGGUGGCGUUUCCAAGAUGGAUGAUACCACCACAUCAGCAGGGGCUCUGGCCACCUCGUCUUCGUCUUUAGGCUUUGAGAGUGACAGUGGUGAGAGUGCCCUGAGCUGCCAGCCCAGGGGAGGAGGAGAAGGGGGAAGGGCAGGAGGAGGAGGAGGAGGGGCAGACCGAGUGGGGGGAGGAGGAGAGGGAGAUGGAACAGAGUGCAGGGACAUUAUUGCCAAGUCUCAGGGCAGCAGGGACCCCCCCAAAAAUGAGGAGGCUCACUACAUUACCACCCACGAGAUCCAGCUGAGCGAGGUGGAGCAGGACAUGGAUUUUGACGUGGGACUGGCCUCCCGCUGGGAUUUCGAGGACAACAACGUGAUCUACUCAUUUGUGGACUAUGCUUCCUUUGGUGGCAGUGACGAGACCCCAGGGGAUGUCACCACCCCGACUGAAGAGGACGACGACAACAGCUGCUACCUCAGCACCACUCCAAGCACCAAUGCCACUCAGACUCCGAGCCCCACCAGCAGUGACCCAGCCCGUCCCAACGCAGACAGCAGUGGUCGCCACACCAGCAGCACAGAAGUGGGCAGCGGCCCCUCUGACAGUGACCCCACUCCCCCACCCACUGGGCCUGGCACUGCCACCCUAAGUGAGCCCUUGCCUGAGCCCCCGGAGGCAGCUUCAGGGGCAGCAGCCGAGGCCGCCAGCAGCUGUGGGAGUGCAGCAAGCCAGAUCCUCCUAUCAAUCAAACCGACUUCCCGGGCUAUAAAUGAGCCUAGCAACGUGCGUGCAAAGCAAAACAUUAUUUAUGCUGCCAAGCAUGAAGGCGACAUGAGCCUCCGCGUCUCUACAGCUGCUGAACACAAUUCAAGUUCACUGAAGCAAGACCCGGCUGCAGCCGUGGCUCAGGACCAUGCAAAGAAAUUCAUCGCUGUCCCUGCUCGCCUGCAAACCCGGUGCGGGGCCAUCCGGGCAAAGGAGCUGGUGGACUACUCCAGCGGGGCCUCCAGUGCCGUGAGUGAACUGGACGAUGCGGACAAGGAGGUGCGCAACCUGACCUCCCGGGCCUUCCGGAGCCUUGCCUACCCCUACUUUGAGGCCCUGAACAUCAGCUCCCGGGAGUCCUCCACACUCUCCGAGGUUGGCUUUGGGCGGUGGUCGACGUUCCUGGAUUUAAAAUGUGGGGGUGUCGGAGCCAGGGUGGAGCAGAGCCUCCUGAGGAGUAGUGCGGCCUCCGUGGCUGCAGGUCUGAGGAAGGGCAGUGGGGCCAGGACGACUGCAGACCAGCUCUACAUCCAGUCCAGGAAAUCCCAGACCAAAGCCUUGGAGUUCGUGGUCAGCAAAGUCGAGGGGGAAAUCAAACAUGUGGAGACACCUCUGUGUUUCCAGAAACAGGUCCAGACGGGUUCCCGCGUGGUCACCCUCCUCGAGCCCCUGAAUUUCCGCAGCGAGAGCAAAGCCAGCUCAGCCACUGGGCCCUGCAGAACCGCCAAAGGCUCCGGCAAGGGCCCUGGGUCGGUGUACACAGACGAUGGCUCGGAGGCCUCUGAGAGCAGCAAGCCCGCCUCCCGCGCCGAAGGCCCCCAGAAGAAGUCCAAGUUUGCUUCCAGUCUGCUCAAAAAUGUCAUCUCCAAGAAGAUGCAGCGGGAACACGAGUUCAAAAUGGAGAGGGGAGAAGUCACUGACACGUCCCACCAUAACCCCUCCAGCACCUCCAAGGAGACGGAGGGCCCAGCCCGGGGGGAGAAGCCACGGGAGAGAGGCCUGCAGAGGCAGAGUUCUCGCCACUCAGAGGCUGGCUCUGAGUACACGGUGGUCAGCGUGUCCGACGCAGGUGCUGAGGGCUCCGUGGCAGAGUCUCAAUCGCCAAUUUUCAAAGCCAGUGCUCCUCGGGAGAGCAGUGCUGCCUCGGGUCGAAAUUUCGCGGAUGGACGCACUGAGGAAGUCUGUGAAAUCAAAAAGAGUGCAUCUGAGACCGUCAAAGGCAUCUUCCUCCGCAGUCAGAACAGUGCAUUCCGUUCCUGGAAAGAGAAGGAGGCCGAGAAGCGGGAAGAAAAGGCCCCUGUUGGGAAGCUGAAGCUUCCCAAAGGGGGCGACUGGAGGGCUGAUCUUGGAGAGAUCUCUGCCAGCAAGUCCACCAUCAUGUCGCGCCUCUUUGUCCCCAACAUCCAUCAGACCCCCAAGGACAAGCAGCCGGGGAAGCAGGCCACCAAGUACCCUGCCGCCCAAGCCACCUCCACGGCAGUGAUCCGGCCCAAGGCUCCCGAAAUCAAGAUCCGGCUGGGGAGUGUGCAACAGCCGAGCUCGGACUUCAACAUUGCCAAACUGCUCACGCCCAAAUUGGCCAGUGGCAGCGCCUCUAACCUCUUCAAGACAGUUGAGGACAACAGCAGGGCGCAGCAGAAGCUCUUCCGGGGAGACAACCUGGAAAAAGUUCCCCAGUUCCAGGUGAGAGACGUCAGAGACAAGUCCAAGGCCCAAGGCCCCCUCCAUCAGGUGAGAGAUGUCAGGAAACUAAUCAAAGGGUCCGGGGACAGCAGUGACAAGGGCAGUGUUACCCCAGAGCAGGGGCUGACCGGGCCCAAACCCAGGCAGCUGGCUGCGGCAGGGGGCGGAUCCAGAUCCCUUUCCCCCAUAGUGAUUACGUGCCAGGCGGUGGUUAACCCGAGGGAAGAGAGCAUGGACCGAGAGCCGAGGGAGAACGUAGGCCCCGGGGGCAGCACCAGGUUCUUGAAUUCGUCCUCGCCAGAAGGGACAGUCUUGGUUCAUAGGGCGUCUGGCAGGCUGCCUGUGGCCACCAUUGCCCCCAAUAAGCCUGAGCAGGGCUCCUACCUGCCUGUGCUCAAGAUCGUCUCUAAGGCUUCUGCUCAGAAGACCCCAGAAAAGGCCAAGGAAGAGGAGGUCAAGGAGGAAGGGAAAGCCCCAAAGACUUCUCGGAACGCCCUGGAGAAGCUGACGGCUGCCGUGAGGUCCAUGGAAGAGCUGUACAGCUUCAACAGGAACGAGUGGAAGCGCAAAAGCGACCCCCUGCCCAUGAUGAUGGACAGCCAUGUCCUGUCGCUCAUUGCCAGUGAGGAGAGGGAAGGGGCUGCAGGGGCGGAGGGGGACCCAGACAAGCUGGCCAAACGACUGGGUGAGGUGGAGGAGCAGGGCACCGGAAACAAGGGAGGCGUGGUGCUGCGGGGGGGUCCGCUGGAGCGUCUGCAGCGGAGGAACUCCAACCCAAGUGCUGAGAGCGUGUCUGCCCGGGCAGCCGCCUUUGAGAACAUGGCCAGGGAAAGACCUCGAUCCCUCUAUAUCCCCCCAGUCCACAAGGAUGUGGAGAGAACUCAACCCCUGCAGCCCCUCCCACCCCUCCCCAGCAACCGAAAUGUGUUCACGGUGAGUACCAGCAGCACCCAGAAAACUGGGGGUGUCGCUGGCAAGUUUCCCCAAGGGCCUUCUCCAGAGAGUCCUUCGGCGGCAAAGGGCAUCAAAACCCAGGGACUCCGGUCCCUCAAGAUCUCUCCAGCCACUCGGGCACCUCCUGAUGAGGCGACCACUAGGAAAAACAGCAGCAAUUUGGAAAAGAACAAUAGCGACUGUGAGAAUUACCUGUCCAUCCCCCUUAAAGGAAGCUCUUCAGCGGGAGAACUUCCUGGCAGGCCCGGGGCUGGGAGGGAGGGGCCCGCAGCCCCCUCAGCGGCCACUCUCUGCAGCUUGCCCCCUCUGAGCGCCCGCAGCCAGGUCCCCAGCAAUCCCAAAGGCUCUCAGGUCAGUGGAACCAGCCGGCCAGCUUGGCGUACCAAACCCGACACCCCCAGGGAGACAGUAGCUGCCGCCACAGGGCCACAGAGCCCGGAGCAUCUCCCCACUGCCAUCUACCACCAGCAGCCGCUGCCUUUCGCCCUGCAGGGAGCCCAGCCCCAGGUCCUGUGCUUCUCCCCACCCAGCAUGCCCGCCGCAGCACCUGCAGGCCCAGCUUCAGUCCCCACAGACCCCUUCCAGCAGCCACAGCCCCAGCAGACCCAGCGCAAGAUGCUCCUGGAUGUGACUACCGGCCAGUACUAUCUGGUGGACACACCAGUACAGCCCAUGACCCGAAGACUGUUUGACCCUGAGACAGGGCAGUAUGUGGAUGUACCCAUGCCUUCCCAGCAGCAGGCUGUGGCUCCCAUGUCCCUCCCUGUGCCUCCCUUGGCCCUGAGCCCUGGGGCCUAUGGACCCACCUACAUGAUCUACCCUGGGUUUCUCCCCACGGUGCUGCCCGCCAAUGCCCUGCAGCCCACGCCGAUUGCUCACACUCCAGGGGGAAGCGAGCUCUCCUCCAUGGCAGCAGACCCCCCUGGCAAAGAGGCAGCUGCGACAUUCACUGAGGCCCCAUACUUCAUGGCCUCUGGUCAGUCUCCUGCUUCCUCUUCCUCCUCGGCCCCGGCAGCCACAUCCCAACUUGUGGGGGCCAAAGGCUUCACCCAGCUGCACGGCAAGCCCGUCAUCAGCAUCACUUCGCAACCCCUGGGGCCCAGGAUCAUUGCCCCCCCUUCCUUUGAUGGCACCACCAUGAGCUUUGUGGUAGAACACAGAUGAUGCACCAUCACCAGAGAGCAGAACGGAGCAGCUGCUGGAGCAAGACAGAAGAUGGACUAUUCUAUAAUCGGAAGGUUGCGUCGUAGCAACACUAAGAAUUCAGCUGAAAAACUUCCUCUACAUGUGUUAUUCUUAGGUUUUGCUUCUUAUAAACCAAGUGUGUAAGUUUCUAUAUUUUCCUGAACAACCCUGUUAAGACAGUUUGUGUUAUUUUGGUGUUACUAAGCUGAGUGAAUGGUUGCAAUUUUUCCCCUGUAAAAGGAUUUCUUUUUAUACUUUAAUACAGAAGACAAACUUUCUUUUCCUCUUUCCCUCCUGUACUCAUGACUAGGCAAACCAUCCCUUCAGUGUUCUCAUAGUUCAAUCAAAACACAAGACAGAAUGAGAUUGGUUCUUUUGUAAAGCAUGCCGGCAGAUCAAUAAUUUGGAUCACAGUUCUUCUUAGAGCUUCUCGGAAUAUGUGAGGAUCAGAUGGCAGAGUUGGAACACAUGUUCGAUUUUAAAUACAAGGGGUCUGCAUUUUGAAUCCUAUACCAGCCAAGCCUAGUCAUUCCCUCGGUUACGUUCUACAUGUUCUUUUAUUGGCUUUAGCAUGAUUUCAAAUGUGAUUGUGAAAACUCGUGGUUUUAACACUCUCUGUUGCCUUCACGCAGAAUGGCUUGAAACACUGAAGAGCCAGUGAUUGUGUUUAAAAUUAAGUUCUUAGUCUCAGAAAGGUAUGAAAUACCUCUUUUCCUCUAGGAAUCCAACUUUGUUAUGAGUGGAUAGCUUUUGUUGGUCUUCCCUCACUCUGUAGUUGCAUGUUCCUCUCUCACUGAUUGUUUGGAGCCGGAGGAGUGGCCUGUUUGGGGCAGGCGGCAGAGUGGAAUGUACAUUGAUUCAGUGGUCCUGAUUCUCUCCAGCUCCCGCCAUACCGAGAGCAAGGACUAGGACUGUAUCACUUGCUCUUUAUGGGCUUACGAUGCAUCGAGAAUCCAAAUCACAGAAUCUUUCAGCGACUUUCAAUACUGCCUCAGUUGUAACUCAAUUCUGAAGGUUAUUUUAGUGAGUGUUUAGUGAGUCUUGACGAGUUGAUUGAACAGAUAAAUAUUUAGAUUGUCAUCAUUAAUAAGUGUGUCAACAUAUAUUCAACAAAUGACACAUUAGAAUAUUUCUUAUUUUUAAAGAGAGAAUAACUUGAAGGUUCUCCCAGACUUUCUUUAAGGAAUCUCAUCUUAUCUAUUUAUUUAUUCGAAGACAAGGCAUCCUGGUAAAUUUCUUUUAGAUCCUUAUUUUUAUUUUAAUGAUCAUCAGUCUUUGGCUUCUGCCAAAAAUUUAAAAAAUUAAAAAAAACACUUUUUUUUCCCUCGAAACCACUGCAUUUUAUGCUACUCACAACUGAAGAUGUGAGUAAAAACCCAAGAUUGGUUUUUAUAUGAUUUAUGUAAUCUCAUUACAUUGUAGUUAGGCUUCCUAUAUCAAUCUCCUUUUGGAAAAAUAACUCGAUUUCACUUUUAGGGCCUUUCUUAAAGGGAUCUUGCUCCAAAAAGAAAUACUGUUGGGUAGAAGAAAAAGUUCGAGGCAGGCAUAGUCAGCUCUGGUCACAAUUCAAUUAAUGCCCUGAUAAGUGGCAAAAUGAAGUGCAAAAUAUAAAACAGUCUCUGUGCAUAGACAAGAUGCCCUUGUCCCGUAUUGAGGAAAGCCUUAGUCCUUGGCCACAGAGGUCUUCUCACCUAGGUACAGCAGCCGCUUCACCCCAGAACUAACUUCAUUUUUCACCACCAGAGAGCUCUUACAGCAUCAGCCGUUCCUCGUUUCCUGUAGAGACUGGCUGGGUAUAAGGUCACUUAAUAUUAAAGGAAGAAGGUGCGAUCAAUUUCCAAGAUCUCCAAGGUGUAAUACUCAAAACAGCACCAUGAAUUCUCAAGUAUUUGAACACAUCUGGCAAAACUGACUGAGGAAUCGGGUGGAGACAGUACCAGAAUUGACGGGACUGUUUUAAAACCAUGUGUGAUUUUUAGGAAAAGGUUGAUCGUGCUCAUAUCGAGGGAUUGCCAUCAGUGAUCAUACUGAGUAGUCAGCUGCUUGCCAGGUCUUCAAAAAGAGACAUUUCUUUCCCUCGCCAAUGUGGUAGAGUUCUUACCUACCAAUGGCCUGGGGAUCCCAGAAGCUAUUUAUCCUUAUUUAUCACCAGCAGAUCUGAGCCUUCCGUUCUCACACUGAGGUAAACUAGGACAGAAACUAGGAGAAACUGGUACAGAAAAUACCAGAGAGGCCACAUCCUCUAAGAAGCUGUCGAGGACAUAGGAAAUGUCCAAGGGGUUAAAACUCUAACUUUAAAAAUAAUAUUCUAGGAAUGCCACAUUGUUUAUCGAUAUGUUUAUGGUUCUCUCUUUCAUCAAACCAAAAAAAAAAAACCAAACAAGCGCUGCUGGCCAUUUACUACCUCAAGUGAUGGGGAGGAACAUGUUUAAAGACAUAAGGUAAAUCUAAAUCCUUAUUUUCAGUGUUUUAUUAUUUCCUGAGGUUGCCUUGGUAUUUGAAUGAAGUGGUUGUACCCUUCCUAUUUCAACAGAAGUUAAGUGAAAUAAAAUAAGAGUCUAUGAAGCCUUCUUAUCCAUCAAGCUAUUACCCUGACACUGUCCCUUUAGGUUCUGAACUAAGCUUUUAUGUUUUGUAUACACAAAACCACAGAUAACACAUGUAGCAUUUCCUACAUAGUGCCUCAAACUGGAGUUGAAACAGAAUUGUAGAGUCUGGCUUUUGCCAUUUCCUCUCAAGGUUAUAUGUCAAGGUUACAUGUGCGACACAGUUUUCCAGAGGAACCGUGGGGCAUUGUCUGCAGAAACCUUAACCCAUGGCCUCUUUCUCCCUGUUGGUUAAAUGGUCAGGUUGAAAUGGACUCCAUUUGAGUUAUUCCUGGAAAACUGAACACAUUUGUAACCCGUUUGAAAACUUUAAUCCACUGGAAUAUCUUUUCUUAAGAGCACUCACUGAAAUUGCCCUCAGGAUUAAAUGAAGCCCAAAUAUGCCAUUAGUGACUUUAUAGUCUAUCUGUAUGUCUGUAUAUGUCUUUAUUCAUUGGCGUAUAUGCAGUUCUCUACAUACCACUGAGUAAAGAAGCUAAACCAAAUUACACUUGGACAGCUUUAUGACAAAUCUCACCUGUUAGCGCACGUUUCAAAUUCAUUCUUAUAACACUAAGAACUAUCUAGUGAUAUAAAUUUCUUAAUUUCAGAUUUGACUUCAUCAUUCUUGCCUCUUAAAGAGCUAUCAUGCAUUUUAAUGGUUUUCGUACUUCAUAGAAGUGGGAGUCUGUGUUUGCUACAAACGGAAUGCUCAUGCUACCUGAAAUUAUACUUUGGACUGCAGGACAGUGUUAAUUCUUAAGUAGAUUGACUGUAAUCUCAUGAUAAGUAUAUAUAUGUGUGCACAAGAAAACACAUUCAGUAAUAGUCUCUGUGUUUAAAAACUAUCAUGGUAUACAUUUUCCUACGUGGUGCUUGAGGAGUUUCAUUCUACAGUUUACAAGGUGUAGGUUUGCACCCCAAAUUCUCAGGGUAUACUAUUUUACCCAAAUACUUGAAAGAAAAAGGUGCCCUGUAUUUUAUCAGUACUGUUGAGGGGAAAAAUUAUGUGUAGGCUUGUUUUAGGGAACUACUUAUAAAAAUCAAAUUCAUAAACUACGUUAGGCUUUUUCAUAAUUUCUGAGAGGAUAUACAGAUAGCUAUGAUAUAUAUAUUUUCAAGAGACUGUUUCUAUAUUCUUACCUAACUUCUGGGUCCUAAGUAGACCUCACAGGUGCAUAAAAUCAUUAAUAAAGCAUGUAGCAUUUGCUAAAUUGUACCUUGAGUUUGAAUCUAAUCAGAAUAGCAUCCUCUGGUUCUUUGGAAGGAAAGCACAUCCAGCUGAGGCACUUGUGACUACAAGGCCCAGAGGAAGGUUCCGCAAAUUGGACUCAUUUGUAUGCCCCAUGUCUCAGAAGAGAACUGAGGGUUCCCAGCAGUGUUUGUAAGCUGUUAACAUUCUAGUUUCGUGUUGCCACAAAAGUGUAUUAUUAGAUUUAUUCCUAUUUACUUCAAAAUGGUGCAGAACAAAACAUAAACACACACACACACACACACACACCACAUCUAAUUUGAUUUCUUUUUUUAAGUUUCACAAUUGCUUUUUAUAAGCUAGUGUUAAUGGCAGAGUCCUUGCCAGGACCCCUGAAAUUACUUAUCCUACUCGGAUCUCUGUUCUAGCAAGUGGUCCUUUCUUUUUCUCCCUCUUUGAGGAUGUAGGUUUCUAUAUUGACACGUAAGUCAUAUUAUUGUAUAGUAAAAGGCCGUGGUGGUGGAAAAGAAUGUGAAGACUGUGGAAGUUGUGUCCCAAGCAGAGGAGAGUAAAUCGUGUGGUAAAUGAUGAAAGACAUUGGUUAAUGCCGAAUUGUACUUCUGCCUAUGAAAAUGCCAGAGGUAAAUGGAAAGAAUGUGAACAUUAAAACUGCUCUCAAGACACAAGUCUUGGUGGAAAUGUUCCUACCCGAGGUCUGAUUCAAUUAGAAGAUAGAGUGAACUUGGCCAAUGGGACUGUGAAAUCAGCCCAGCAGCUCUGAGAAUUACAUUCUCGGUGUAUUGCAGAUGGAGAAAACUACUUAGACAAGGACUCUGUGAGACUGGCCUACUUACCUUUAACUGUGGCAGUCAUAAGUGAUUGUGCAAUCUUGUGUAAUGGUCUUUUAUUUUGACUCUUUCGGAAAAAAAAUGUUUUGUUGUUGUUGUUUUUCCAGUAAAAGCAACUGCAAAGAAAA